AUGACUAGCAACUUCUCCUCCCCCAGCGGGCGAAGAGACUUCUUUGAGGAGGCUUUGUUCAAGAACCUCACAGUGGUUCUGUUAGGCCUUGUUAUUAACUAUAUCAAUGGGACCCUGUUGUACACCUUCUUCACCAAUGUGACCUUCCACAGCGACUCCAGGUACAUCCUGUACAUGCAGCUGAUCAUCAAUGACAGCAUCAAGAUGUCUUUCAUUGUGCUCUUGCUUGUCAUGUCCUAUGUCUGCCCUUUCCUAAAUGUGUCUGUGUGUAUAAUUCUGAUUCUAAUAGGAGMCAACACUCAUAAGAACACUCCUCUGAACUUGGCAAUCAUGUCUAUUGAACGCUUUGUAGCCAUCUGUCAUCCUUUACAGCACCCUCUGAUCUGCACAGUGAGUAGGACCUAUGUGCUCAUCGCCUGUAUUUGGGUUGUAGGGGCCAUCCCUGGGUUCAUAGAUGUCAUUAUCGCCUUUGUCUUUAAGCCUUUGUCAUUUUUCUCUACCGGUAGGAUGUGCUAUCAUCAGAAUGUCUUUGACUCAGUUCACAAUUACAACAACAACUAUGCCACCAAUAUCAUUUACAUGUGCUUUGUGUGGAUCACAUUGAUCUACACUUACUUUAGAGUGAUGCUUUCAGCCAAAGCUGCAACCUCAGAUCCAGUUUCAGCCAGAAAAGCCCYGAUUACUAUACUACUGCAUGGGGUGCAGCUGCUGCUCUGUAUGCUGUCCUACAUCACUCCUGUCAUGGACACUACCCUCAUCAUCCUCUUCCCCAAGUUCCGCUCCAUCAUACUGUUCUGCAAUAACAUCAUAACUAACAUGUUACCCCAGCUGCUCAGCCCUCUCAUCUACGGUCUGAGAGAUCAGAAGUUUAAGAAGUACAUGAAGGGUUCUCUUCUUUGUAUGAAAACCAAUCCGGUAGUGAAACCUAACUGA